UAUGGAUUAAAACUGAAGACAGUGGAACCGUUAAUGUGGAGACUUCAAAUUUGUCCAAUUAUUACACCAAUUUGGCACUUUACAACAUAUUUCCUGCCACCAGCAGAUCAUUUAGAUUCCAAAUUAAAGCAUGCGCAAAUGCAUUUGUUUUACUUUCUGCUGCUAUCAAUCUAGACUCCCCUAACAUGUAUGAAAUAUGUAUGGGCGGAGGUGACAAUACAGUUAUAUUUCUUCGUAUACUGCGAAAAGGUUUUAAUAAAUCGGAAGAUUAUCAAUUUGAAACACCUGACAUUUUAAAUUGCACACAAUAUAAAGCGUUUGUCCUGGAUUGGGGAGUAUCAGGUAGAAUAACUCUAACGGCAGAAACAGGAAUUGUAAUGGAUUGGACGGACACAUCUCCAAUACCUAUAAAAGGUGUAGGACUCAUGACAGGAUGGGAUUCUGAUGGAAUGUGGAUUGUAGAGCAUUUUCCUCAGUUUAAUGGCUUUUACUGUAGUGAACCAGGAACCCUUGGUAAUAUGAUCAUACUAUCUACCAUAAAGAAAAGCAACAUAAUUCCAUGUGUAUUUGCCUGUUCAUUUAUAUAUGGUUGCCUUGGAGUCAAUUUCAAUUUCAAAACUGAAGAAUGUCAGAUCAUUGCAGGAGGUCAACAGAUCUUAAAGGCAUAUGUUCCAGAAUGGCAGUUUUAUAUAAAAUGCUAAAAUGAGAAAAUGAUGUGCUUACCACGCAUGUU